ACAUAUACGCACACAUUUCCUAUCAUUUCUUACUGACCCGUUUGAUGAGCCAGAUGAGUUCAAUUUCGAGAACCCACCGGAAAAUAUGGCUUUUUUGGACGACGCCGGCGAUAAGAGACGGUGGGUUGGUGAGAAUGUACAGUGGUCAUCCAAGAAAAAAAGCGGAUUUGAAGAAGUUAAGACCAAUGAUUGUAGAAAGAAUUAAAAAUAGAGCUAAAGAUUAUCCAAUUAAAGCAAUGAUUCCUGUUGCUGAAGAUGUGCUUAAAGCUAGAGUUCUUCUCAUUCAAGGGGUCUCUACGCUUCUGAAUUUUGUUCCUGUCUGGACUUGCAAGUUCUGUCCAGAAGUAUAUAUCGGCGAGGAAGGACAUUUAAUAAAGACUUGUGGUGGUUAUAGACACCGUGCCAAGAAUCAACAUCAUGAGUGGGUUAAAGGGAGCUUGAAUGAUAUUAUUGUUCCUGUGAAAACAUUUCAUCUUAAGAACAUGUUCCAAAAUGUAAUUGAGCAUCAAGAGAGGUUCGAUUUUGACCGUGUUUCUGCAGUAGUUGAAUUGUGCUUACAGGCAGGUGCUUUUCUGUAUGAUGAAAGGUUAUAUUCAAGGCACUUGAAUUUUGAUACAGAUGUGAAUUCGUUUGUUGGAGAUGCAUACAUGUGUGAAGAGGAUCAGAGGUUUGUAGCAAGAGGAACAUUGAGUGCUUGGGAGACUGUCAAGUCUGGAGUCCAGAAGUUGUUAUUGGCUUAUCCUACAAAGGUCUGUGAACAUUGUUCAGAAGUUCAUGUGGGGCCAUCUGGUCACAGAGCACGACUUUGUGGUGUGUUUAAAUACCAGAGAUGGCGGGGGACUCAUUUCUGGAAAAAAGCAGAAGUAGAUGAUUUGGUGCCUCCAAAUAUCGUGUGGUUUCGUAGACCUCAAGAUCCACCUCUCCUCCUUAACACAUGUCGAGAGUUUUAUGGGCAUGCCCCAGCUGUAGUGGAUCUAUGCGUAAAAGCUGGUGCUAUUCCACCAUCAAAAUACUUGUGUAUGAUGAAAAUGCAAGGGCUAGCAGCACCAUUAUCAGCACCUGCUGUUGUGGUGGAUUAAGGCUUAUUUGUAUUUGAUUAUGCUGGGUUGGGUCCAAAGCUCAUGAUUAUAGUGUUCCAGGAUUGCAAGUCUUAGAGCGUUUCCUCAAGUAUGAUAUGCCUAACCAGCUGGUUCCUAUGUUACUCCGGCCCGGCACUUCCGGCUAUUGUACCCGUGUUGACACGACAUGGCAUGGGACACAUACGAGGAAUACGUACCGAUCUGUCAUGUGAAAUCCUGACCUGUCGUCGUCGUCACCGGAAAAAUUACAGAUGCUGCACAAUAUUCUGUUGCUCGAAAACUCAGUCCAGGGUUGAGCCAAUCACUGGUGGUUCAGAUGAGAUACCGAAUGAUUCUAUCGAUGUGCUUAAGUUAAGGGACAAAUAAACAGCCGGUUGAAAAGAAAGAGAAGGGGUAAUAAUAGGGAAGAAGACGAUGAUGGGCUGUAUUACGUUUACAUGGUGUAUUUCAGUUACCCAAAAAAAUUGUUUUUUUUUAUAUACUGAGCUGUUUGAAAUGUAAAACAAUUUUUUUACAAAAAAACAGCCAUUAAACCAUGUGGAUGUUACAAAUUGCUUCAAAAUAGACGUCCAUGGAGUGCGAAGAAAAUCUUGCAGGCCAGAUAUAACUGCAUAUAUAAAGCUGUGCAGUUUAUAAAUUACAGGGUGAGUGUUAGAGACAACACCUCCUUGGUGAUCCCUGGAUAAAAAACCUCUGGUUUGGAAGCUUGGCCAGAGGAUUAUUUCCCUUUUUGAUUCUACGGCUGAGGCAAAGGUAACUCAAUCCUGGUUAAUGGUUCUUGGUCUAUUGCUCCGUCAAACCAUGUCGAAGUUAUUGAAUUAAGGCAUCUGCUCAGCCAGGUUCGUAUUCAAACUCAUGAUGAGGUCUGCUGAAAUGACCUCUUGGGAAAGAAAAUCUCAAUCUUAGUCAUGUGUGACACCAUCGGUAGUAGAAGUCAAGAUUCUCCACAGUAUUGUGUUCUCUGGCACCAGACAUUCUCAAAAUCUUUUUUAUUUUGUGGUUGGCGCUGAAGGAGAGACAUCUCACCCAAGACAGAAUGCUUAAAUUCGGUAUGAAUGUUCAGCCGAUUUGCGUAUUUUGUAAUGUCCAAAUGAGAUCGCGAGGUCUCUUUCAGGACUGCACUGUCAUUGAGGAUAUUAAUGUAGCUAUUCUCAUCCCCAUUAAUAAACACUGGAGUGAAUGGACCAAGAGCUCGACCAAUUUCAGGCUACAUAUCAAUUUUCUGUUCAAUGCUGCGGCUGUCUACUAUACGUGGAAGAAGAGAAACAACCGAGUGCCCAGCUCUGCCUCUUUUCUUCAAGCUUCUCAAGUCCUUGCAAUUAUCAGAGGAUUGGUUCAAGUAGAAGUCUUCACAAGCAAAAGGUUCAAGAAAAUGGCCAGAACAGACCUCUCUCUGCCAUACAUUUCAAUCCAGAAGUCAAGUGGUUGUAGGCUUGAGCUAGUGGAAGUGGAGUAUAGCCAGUUUGAUGUCUUGUUCUUUUUAAGUUAAAUUUUUUCGCUUAGCAAAAAAAUAUUUCCUGCCCACUUGGUGCUCCAUACAAGUCUAAUUUAUAUUUGUAAUGCCAAGAAACUUAUGAAAUUUCAUUACUUGCUGCUUGA